AUGGAGGGUUGGAAGAAAUCUGCAAUGAAAUUGGCAGUUUUGUUGGCUUUCAUGGUGAUUUCAUCAGAAAUGUGGAUGAAAUCCGAAGCAAGAGGACCCGUUGUGCGUUUGCACUGCACUAACGAUUCACAGUGCCAAUAUAAUUGUCCAAAUUGUGGCUGCAAAUGCAUCAACACAUGGUGUCGGUGUCCAAUACAACCCUUCACUCAUAACAUUCCCCUUCAAGAACAACCCCCAAAUCAUGUGUAA